AAUUGGCAAAAAAUUCAAAAACAAAAUUAUCUUCUAUUCAAAGUUUUUAAUCAAAUAAAAUAUUUCAUCAAAAUAAUCAACACCCGUCAUCUAGAAAAGGGUCUUUGGAAAUUGUAAUGGAGGAGAUGAAACCAAAUAUUGCUGUUUUGACUGAGCCAUAAUUAUGACUAAAGGUUGAGACAGUUAAAAGAAUUAAACUGCAGACUAUAUUGAUUUAAGAAUUGAUAUAAAACAAUAGAAGAUUGAAGAAAGACAAGAGAAAUGGGAAAAUCCCCCAAGUGUAUUAAAAAAUACCUAAUAGUAUUCAUAUCAAGAUUUGACUACGAGAUGAUUAAAUGUUAAAUGAGGGAUGUAGCCAGUUAUCAUGUAUCUGUUGUACAUUUAAUAAGUCCUACAAACUGGUACUAUAUAAAUUCAUACAAUUCCCUAUGGUUUAUUGUAAAUUCUGAUAAGGGACUGCUUAUGUGAUAUUCACAGUGAUAAAAAGUGUUAGAGUGAAAAUGUUAACUGACUCUAAAAACUUUCCUCUCAAAUGUCCAAUAUGUGAGCAAAGUUGUCCAUCUCAAUCUGCAAUGAAGGUCCAUAUAUUAUAUCACACCGGAGAACGCCCCUUUAAAUGUUUGAUAUGUGAGAAAACGUUUUUCCAACUAAACCAAGUAAAGAGUCAUUUGUUGAUACACUUUGGGAAGUCUCCUAUAUGUGGGGAAUCCAUUCAACUCCAAAGCCAUAUGAAGGAGCAUACACAAAUUCAUACGAGACGCUAUAAGUGCACUACAUGUGGAAAAUCCUUUGCAAGAAAAGACAAUAUGAAGACACAUACAUUGGUCCAUACAGGUGAGAGACCUUAUAAGUGCACUAUAUGUGAAAAAUCCUUUGCAAGAAUGAGCAAUAUGAAGACACACACAAUGGUCCAUACAGGGAAGAGACCUUAUAAGUGCACUGCAUGUGAAAAAUCAUUUACUUCUGGAAGUGAUCUGAAGAAACAUACAUUGGUUCAUACAGGAGAGAGACCUUAUAAGUGUGCUACAUGUGGAAAAUUCUUUACAACAAAAGGCAAUAUGAAGUCACAUACAAUUGCUCAUAGAGGAGAGAGACUUUACAAGUGCACUAUAUGUGAAAAAUCAUUUACUUCCAAAAGUGAUCUGAAGAGACAUACAUUGGUUCAUACAGGAGAGAGACCUUAUAAGUGUGCUACAUGUGGAAAAUUCUUUGCAACAAAAGGCAAUAUGAAGUCACAUACAAUUGUUCAUAGAGGAGAGAGACCUUAUAAGUGCUCUACAUGUGGAAAAUCCUUUGCACAAAUGGGCAAUAUGAAGACACAUACAUUGGUUCAUACAGGGGAGAAACCUUAUAAGUGCUCUACAUGUGGAAAAUCAUAUGCACAAAUGAGCAAUAUGAAGAAACAUUUAUUGGUUCACAGGAGAGAAACCUCAAGAGUGUACCACAUGUAAAAAGUUGUUUGCAUUCAUAAGCUGUAUGAAGAAGCCUUUUAAAAAGGUUCAUAUUGAAGAACUGACCCACCUCGUCAACCUGACUUAAAUUUAAAAUUUGCAAAAAAAUCAAAAACAAAAUCAUCUAUUUAAAGUUUUAAAUCAAUUAAAAUAUUUCAUCAAAAUAUUCAACACCUGUCAUCUAGAAAAGAGUCUUUUGAAAUUGUAAUGGAGGAGAUAAAACCAAAGUUUUAACUGAGCAUAAUAUAACUAAAGGUUGAGACAGUUAAAAGAAUUAAAACAGCAGAUUAUAUUGAUUUAAGAAUUAAUAUAAAACAAUAGAAGAUUGAAGAAAGACAAGAGAAAUGGGAAAAUCCCC